AUGUCCAACACUGCAACCAUAACCACUACACAUCAUGACCUUAACAAAAACCACUGGGAAAACAAGGUCAAAUUAAUGGAAAAGUCCAAGAUUUUUCUAGAUUUCUUUGCAUCUGAUCUCAUUCAAAGAUCCAUUGACUUGUACUUUAACAUCACAACUGAGGAGAGAAAUGUUAGUAUUCUUGAUUUGGCCACUGGAACUGGAUUGGUACCUUUCAAAUUUGUUGAUGAGAAGAUACUCCCUGAUAAGAUCAAGAUUUCCGCAUUGGAUGGGAUUGACUUUGCUGCAUCUAUGAUUGAAGGAGCAGAGUAUAAGAAACAAUCAAGAAUUGAAGAGAAACAAGUGGAAUUUGAUUGGGACAAUUUGAAAUUUCAAGUAAUGGAUGGUCAAGAAUUGAAAUUCCCAGACGAAUCAUUUGAUAUUGUCUAUUCUAAUAUGGGAGUAAUGUUUUAUCCAAAAAUGGUGCAAGGAUUAUCUGAAAUUAAAAGAGUUUUGAAGAAGGGAGGAAUGGCAUUUGUGAAUUCUUGGACUGAUGAUUUUCCAAAUCGUGUCUCAUCUCAAGCUUUGUUUGAAGUGUUGCAACAAAAUAGACCUCCAUUUGCACUCCAAGAUCCAAAGGUUUUUGAGCAACGUUGCAGGGAGGCAGGAUUUGAACAUGUUGAAAUCAGACAAGUGACACAAUCCUUGAAAAUGAAAUAUUCUGAAUUGCAGAAUAUUUUCAAUAUGGGCAAUCAGUUUGCUACACUUGUUCAGAAAUAUCUCAAAGAAAAUCCACAAGUUACCUCCACUGAGAAGGAAUUACUGGACAGAAUUGACCAAGUCUCCAGAAGAGAGUUCAAUAUCAGCAACAAUGAUGAAGAAAUUGAGAUAAUUUCCAUAGCUAAUGUUGUAAUCCUCGCUAAAUAAAUUAUCAAUACAGUCUAAUU